UCGAGAUCUCAUCGAGCUUAGCCAUAGAUCUUCGGACCUCCACUUUGAGCUAUUGCUCUUUAGAAGAGGCCAACGAAAAAAAAAUCAAGUCAAUAAAUAUCAAUUACUGUCUGGACGCGAUUGUUGCAAAAAGAGGAACUUAUUGUGGAUUCCCAUCCUUUUUGGUAUCUUGAACCUAUUAUCCACACGAUGUAUAACACUUCACUACAGUGCUUCAAUUAAUUAUAUCCAAUUGAUUUUGCAAGGAACCUUCUGUUCCUCGUAUGUGCAGGACAAAUAGGUGAAUAAUGUGAGAAUUAUUGGGCAAGGAUCAAAUUGAUGGUGUUUGUGUUGUAAGAUAGGGACCUAAAAUAGAAGGACAUACGAACCUUUUGUUGAUUCAUCGGGUAAUUAAAGUUGGAAAUCAUGGAUCUUGGGGAUGUGAAUGCGAGUAAUGAUGUGCAAGACACUAAAAUCAAUGGUGACAAAGUCACCAAUUCCAGUGGUUCAGCUAAUGGAUCAGCAGGAGUGGGUGGUGACCCAAAGAAAGGCAAAACGAAAGAGGAUUUAAUUGACGAAGCGGCAAUGAUGAUCCUCAAUGGAGAGGACUUCACACUUGAACCAACUACCACAAAGACUCGCACAGGACGAAAUAAGGAUCAUGUGAAGAGGCCGAUGAAUGCCUUUAUGGUGUACGCUCAAGUGGCUCGCAAAUGGAUCUCAAAGUCGAAUUCCAAUCUGCAGAACUCAGAAAUUAGCAAACGUCUUGGUGAAUUGUGGAAAAGGACACCCGAAGAGGCCAAACGUGUAUUUAUCGAACGUGCAGAAGAGCUGCGUCAGGCACAUAAGAAGGAGCAUCCAGACUAUAAAUAUCAACCACGUCGGAAGAAAUCCAAGUCAUUGUCAACAUCCACACACUCCAGAUCCACCUCCACGGCAUCCAUGUCGCCCAGCCACACGCGACAGAGCUCACGAGGCUCCAAAAGUUCCACAGUGCAGGUGGGAGAGCUGCACACGGGUCCACAGCACCAUGAUGACCUGUCCAUGUCAACAUCGACUAAGUAUCAACAACCAUCCAUGCAGGACUUUAUCUACCACCAUCAUGUCUACAGUGGGAAGACCACAACGGCUGGGAAGAAUUCCCCUUGCUCUCCAGGAAGUUCCAAUAAUUCAGUUCAUUCGGAACCUCAUCCUUUAACACCACCAGCUACUCCUUCCACGCUAAUUAAUGCUUACAGAACAGCCUCCCCUUCAGCUUCUUUGAGUCUCCACACCAGGAAUAAUUCCCCGAAGGAAGGACACUAUUCCCAGCGAGCCCAUGGGGAAGAUUCCGGAGGAUUUGUCUAUCGUGGCGAUCUUGUUAAUAUGCGCAAUGAUUUCUAUGCAUCCUCCUCGCCAAACCGCGACUCUAAUUUCCUUCACAAGUACUCGACCAAUCCACAACCGGAUCCCUACAGGACAUUCCAACCAGCGACACAGAACUACCAACCGGGCUUAGUCGGCAAUUCCUACCUCCCAGCUGCACCGCCGACCUUCCCACAGCCUCUGGACACAGAUGUCGAUCCGAAAGAACUGGAACAGUAUCUGGAACCACCGGCAGCGGCACCCAAGAAAAUUCCUCCGUACGCUUACAAGGGUGAUGAACCGAGUCUACUGGAGCUACAGCCGACUCCAGCACCCGCAUCUCUGGGGGACAUUGCUCCCUGUCAUGCUUCCACCUCCUUCAAUUCCAUGCUGGCACUCCCCGAGUCGUCCGCUAACAUGUAUUACUUCGAAAUGCCUUAUCAGUAUCCGCACGCCUGGGAGAGCUACUCCAGCCCACAAUCCUAGUAUAGGAGGAUUCUGCCUCAGUGCCCCACAGAAAUCUAUUUAUUUCCUUAUUCUCCUGAACUUUACCACUUCCAAUUACAUGUAGUUUUCAAAGCUAAAGUUAUAAUGUAUAGUAAGUACAUUAGGAAAAUUAGUGUUGAACUUAUUAAUGCGCUGAUAAAGAAUAAAAGACAUUUUCCUUAUGAAA